AUGCGUGCCGUAUGGAGGGCUAGAGCGGCUGCUAUCGCAGUUGGCGUUUCUCGCCUUGCACUCGAGGAGGAAAAGGUUCGGCUCGCGAAUGCGAACAAGAAGCGGGUACGUGGCUCUACCAAAAUCAAGGGCCGGAUUGUUGUCGCCCAAGAGCUUAAGGCUCAUUUUGAGGAGGAAGAACGUGUUGCUGCCGAGAAGGAGAGGGAGGCACGCGAGAAGGAGCAUGCAAAAGCUGUUGAAGCCGCCGAGCGUGAGGCUCGUAUUGUACAGGCUGCAUCGUCAAGGGUUUUCAACCAGCCACUGAAUGCCUACAGAACCAGAGAGGACGUCCUCGGGCUGGCGCAGGCACUGCACGUCAACGACAAGGGCCCUGUCCGGGCAAUCAUCCCAAGGAUUCACAUCUCGAGACACACCAAGAUCUUGCUUCGAACCCUCGCUUCGCAGGCCUAUUCAAGCUCUCCAGAUGCUCCGCCCAUGGAGCCCGCCCCAAUUCCACACCACAUCCAACACCUCUAG